AUCGAGUUGGCAUAAAAGAAUCUGGUCUUCGUGUCGUGUUAUUCAUUCCUUAAUUGCGCCUUGCUUUAAUUUGUGGGUGAGCGAAAUCGGAGCUCGGCGACAUCGCCAGUUGUGCAAUACUGACUCCAGCGGUAUCUGUUAAUCCCCAACCACUUCGCAAACGUAUUUUCUUUGCCUUGCAGAUUUGCUGACUUUGUCGUUCGAGUACUCAGCGUUUAACGACCACAAUGAAUCGGCAGGCGAAAUUCCUAAUCUUGUGCCUCUUUGUGGGCCUCUUCUCCGCGAAUUUGUGCGAAGAAGCAGUGACCACACCGGCUCCAGCGGACACCACCACCCAGGAAUCCAAGAACACCACCACUCCGCCGGACACCACCACUACUGUGACGCCACCGUCGACCUCAACCACGAGCACCACAACUGAAAAGACCACGACGACGCCACCAAUUACCACAUCGACUGAGAAGACCACAACUUCCACUACUCCAGCCAGCACCACCAGCAGCACCACUCCGGCCAGCACCACCAGCAGCACCACUCCGGCAACGACCACCACCACGCCUGGAACUACAUCUACGACCACUCCGUCUCCGAACUCGACCACAACUACGCCGCCGCCACACACAUCAACCACUCCGGCGCCGAAGCCCGUGCCGUGCGGUCAUUUCGAUGGAUCCUCGUUCAUUGGCGGCAUUGUGCUGACUCUGGGCCUGCUCGCUAUCGGCUUAGUGGCCUACAAGUUCUACAAGGCCCGCAACGAGCGCAACUACCACACCCUUUGAGCCGCCACCGCCUUUACGUCGGCCUUCAAUGCGGCAGCCGGAGCUGCGGCGGCCAGCAGCAGUGCCGCAUCCACGGAUGCGGAGCGCGUGCGGUUUGUCCAGCCUUCGAUACCGCUAAGGUCGCCGCCAACGCAGCCGCCACCACCACCACCCACCCACAUGGGUGGCAGUGGUGGUGGUGCGGCUGCAGCUCCACAAAACUGCUCGCCGUCGGCCCGAGAUCGGUUGCUGCACACGUAAUUUAAAAGCGGGGAGCCACACCAUAUUACCCAAUAUAAUUAAUAUCCAAAGAGAUGCCCCUAUACCCCGAUUCCCCAACAAAACACACACACACACACAGAGAUACAAACGGCAGUCAAGUAAAGUCAGUUCUUAAAUUGAAACGAUAACCCCCUGAGCGGAUUUAAUACGGGCCCAGAUAGUAGGAGCAGGCUCUACAUUCUUGAAUUACUUCCCUUAUCUCAGUCAUACAGAAAAUGUAAAAACAAAGUAAAUAUUUUUCCUUUAAUGCAUUGCAUUCAAUAUGUAAGGGUACGGUUUUUUGCAAACAUCAGUUUAUCAGCAACUUGAGCGGAUGUUCAACGCCUUAUAUAAGAGGAGUCCGGGGAGCCUGUCACAGGGUCUUCCCAGGGCGACCAUGAACCGAGAAAUGAGUUAUGAGAUCGAAACGAAACGAGACGAGAGGAGUAAGAACAAAUAACAGCAAAUAUGUGAGACUGCUUGAUAGCGAGAAAGUGAAGAGAUCAGAAAGUGGAAAGCGGCUGGCGACGGCUUUGUUUCUGUAAUUCAUAGGGAGCUACGAAAAGGAAAUAUAAAUUUUUAUUAUAUUUACACAAUUUUUGAAUAACUAAAAUCGAUUCAUUCUAGGAACUAAGAAUACAUAUGUACUACCUAAAACCGAGCUAAACACAAUGGGAAACGCGUUUCAAUUUUCUCAUUUAAUGUGCAUUUUUUCUCCGGUCUUUGCCCACUUGUUCUAUCGAUUCUGCUCACCCCGCCAUUCCCGGGGUCCGUAGUAUUGCAAAAAAUCAAUAUAGCUACUAACGAUGCACAGCAACAGGAUUUACGGAUUGCCGUGCACGGUUGAUAUGCGUUUAUAUGCGAUAUAAACAAAUGUACACAUGUUUGUAUACUGCUGAAGUAGAUUUUGAUUCGAGAUUCGAUGAAAGCCCCAUGUUAAUGCAUACACGCAAAUGUUGAAUAUUUUGUACUAGAAUGGAAACUAUACAUAUGAAUUACGUUUACCUAACCAUACCGCGCUUGCUGUUGGAUUAAUACACAUUUGAAGCUACAAAUCGAUCACAUAAGCCCGUCAAGUUUACGCAAAUGAACGAAAACUCUGUUGCACAUGAAAAUCUAAUAAGUAUAUAAGCUAAAGUAACCAAUCAAUGUAUAUCCAGUAAAUCACUCAGCCGGCUUACUAAUAAUAUAUAUAUUUAUAUAUAUAUAUCUAUGUCUGUAUAUCGUGUACGAUAAUAAAUAUUUUAAAAAUUU